UCCGGUGGUCUUUCGAGUUCCUACUCCACCGAUCAUGGCGUCCCUUUCGUCUUCUUCAUCAUCAUCAUCAUCAUCAUCCCUUCUUUCAAUCAAACCCCAUUAUGCCAUAACCAUUAUCGUCUUCUUAAUCAUCACCUGUACCUACACUCCAAGACUUCAAGCUCUUAGGGCACCUAUUCUUCCACAAGACCUGCUUCCGUUGUUACCUCGGCAAGUUUCAUGGAGAAUCCUCACUUCCCUCCGAACCGCCACCGAUCUGUUGCCCGCUUUCGUCGGAGCCGCAUCUGUUUCCAAUAAUUCCUAUAUAAAUUGGAAAGGGUCUUGCUUUUAUGAGAACACUGCUUGGUUAGAACUUCAUAACAAAACCGGCAGUGAGUUUGGUGGAGGAACUCUUCAUAUCAAGGUAAGCAAUGCACACAGUUGGACAUGUAUGGAUCUUUAUAUCUUCGUUACUCCAUAUCGUGUGAAGUGGGACUACUAUUUCUUAUCUCGGGAACAUAAAAUCGAGUUUGAUGAAUGGGAAGGAAAAGCCGAAUACGAAUAUGUAAAACAUAAGGGAGUUGCCAUUUUUCUCAUGGAAGCCGGGAUGUUAGGAACCCUUGAAGCAUUGUGGGAAGUAUUUCCGUUGUUUACAAAUACGAAAUGGGGCGAGAGUUCAAAUCUUGCUUUUCUUGAGAAACACAUGGGAGCCAAGUUUGAAGAGCGUCCCGAGCCAUGGGUAACGAACAUUACUUUAGACGACAUACAAUCGGGAGACUUUCUUGCAAUAUCAAAGAUCCGCGGACUAUGGGGCGGGUUCGAGACUCUUGAGAAAUGGGCAUCGGGGGCAUAUGCGGGUCACUCCGCCGUUUGCUUGAGGGACUCGGAAGGCAAACUAUGGGUUGGAGAAUCUGGACAUGAAGACGAAGAGGGUCAAAACCUUAUUGUUGUGUUGCCAUGGGAUGAGUGGUGGAACUUUGAAUUGACGAAAGAUAAUACGAAUCCGCAUAUUGCGUUGCUCCCGUUGCAUCCCGACCUUCGAUCUAAGUUUAACGAAACUGCUGCAUGGGAGUACGCACAAAGUAUGAUAGGAAUGCCGUACGGUUAUCAUAAUUUGAUAUUCAGCUGGAUCGACACCAUCGAUGGAAACUAUCCACCACCAUUGGACGCUAAUCUGGUUGCUUCGGUGAUGACGGUAUGGAACAAAAUACGACCCGAUUAUGCUUCCAAUAUAUGGAACGAAGCCUUGAACAAGCGGCUCGGCACACAGGAUCUCGACCUUCCUGAAAUUUUGGUCGAAGUGGAAAGGCGUGGUUCGUCUUUCGCGGAACUAUUAACAAUUCCCGAACAAGACGAUUGGACGUACGUGGACGGAAAGUCCACAUCUUGUGUCGCUUUCAUCCUCGAAAUGUACAAAGAAGCCGGACUCUUUGGUGAUCUUGCAAACGAGAUUCAAGUUACCGAAUUUACGAUAAAAGAUGCGUACACGCUCAAUUUCUUUGAAAACAACUCGAGCCGCCUGCCGAAGUGGUGCAACGAUGCAGACACAGUGAAGCUUCCCUUUUGUCAAAUUAAGGGGAAGUAUCGAAUGGAGCUACCCGAGUAUAAUAGUAUCGAACCGUACCCACAUAUGGCGGAAAAUUGCCCUUCGAUGGCCCCUGAAUACUCGAGACCGAAGUAUUGUUGAAAUUGAUCGAUCUUUUAGUAUAGUAAAUGAAUGUAGCGAUACGUUAUCGUUGUGUAUAUUGGAUGUGAUAACGAUGAAUGUAGUAACGGGUUUUAGUAGUAACAUUCAGGUUAUUACGGUGA